UCCAAUGAAAUUUUACCUUACUUUUUUGCUGGAAAGUGAUUGUGUGGUUUGCUCAAAAAGCUGAGUGGUUCACGUUGAGUACGGAGUGGGGCUAUGUUAUAACAGAGUAGCGUGCUUUUUCACGACAAAACAACAUUGACUGUCUGAAUGUAAAAAAAAUAAUCAUGAGGAGCAGUGAAGCGUGGCUUCUAAAAGAUGUUGCUUGCUGCCCGUCAUUCCUCCAGCCAUUCAAGGCACAUAAUCACUGAGAAGCGGCUCAUUGGGGAAUAAGUAAGGACCAUUAGGGGGCCAAGUGUUUCACUGUCGCUGUUAUGGAGUACCCGCCGAACAAGCGUCUCAAAGGGGAGAGGUACGAUGCUCAUCCUGAUGCAGACCCGUUUGGCGAUGAUGAGGACUUCACCCAGGCUGACCUCGAUGAAAUAGAUAUAAUCGCAUCACAGGCAAUCACGGACGAUUUAGCGCCGCCUUCCCCCAAAGAAACCCGCGGCUCCGGAUUUCCAUGCCAGGGCCCACCUCGCAAAGCUGGACUAGAGGCUAGAAGGACAUUUGGUUCAGCAGGAGUCAGUGGUGAUGCUCGAAGGAACGCAGGGACCAGUCUGAAGAAUGCAACAAUGGAAGCUUUUAGACAGGGACAGCAGCAGAAUAAAACGGACAGGUGUGAGAUUAUCUGUGAACAACUCCAAGCACAACAAGCUGAGCUCAAGAAGAAGCUGCAGGAGGUGGAGGAGGAGCUGCUGAUGAAGAAUGGGGAGAUCCAGGUGCUGCGAGACUCCCUUAGACAAACCAAGCAGGAGAAGGAGCAGCAGAGGCAGGCCCAGCUGCUGCAGGAGCAGGAGAGAGCCCAGGUGCAGACUGAGAAGGAGAAGGCACUCUCCAAAAAGGUUCAGUGCUUGCAGUCUGAGUUGCACUUUAAAGAAGUGGAAAUAAAUGAGAUGAAGACGAAGCUUCUGAAUUCGGAACGAGCUAAGCUGCCCGCUUCACCCACCAUGAGAAACAGUCCGAAGAGGAGAUCCUUGCUCCCGCACCCUCAGGAGGGGGGCGGGCCCUCUGCCGGCGUCAGCCACUUCCUCACCAAGGAGGCCUUUGCAGCCCAGCUGCCCAAGGGAAGAUCGCCACUCAAAGAGCAUUCGAAGGAAGAUGGAAAACCUGUGAACGGAACUGUGAAUAACAUCAUUGAUGAUGCACAUCGAGGCAAAUCGUCCAGUUUGCACUCGUGUCAUAGUCAAGGGUCUUCUCUGCUGAACCUGCUGCUCCAGCACCCCCUGGACCCCAGUACGCUGGGCCUCUGUCACCUGCUGUGCGUCAGCCCGGAUGCCCUGCCCUGGCCGCUGUCCCAGAAUGGCUCCAUCAGCCUAGAGUCUUCCAGCCGCGCCCCUAUGGAAGCCAAGCAGCAGGAUGGGGCCUUCGGCAGUUUCGGCCGGAUACAGAGCCUCGCCAUGUGUGGCCUGUCCAGGCUGGCACUGGGAUACCCCCGGCUCCCUCCUCAGGCGCCCAUGUCGGAGCGCUCAUGCCCCGAGGCGCUGAACCUCCUGCCCCUCCUCCAGCAGCAUGUGGACCUGUUCUGCCGGGCGCUGGAGGCAGUGGACAGGCCAGCCGGGAGUCUGCUGAGGGAUGCCUCGCCUCCUGACUCCGCCCCAGCUGGUGAGGAGUCCGCCAGCAGCUCAGAGGAGUUGGCCCUCGCCUCGCUUGGAGCCUUGCGCCACCUAGUGUCACACAGCGAGGAGGUGGUGCGCGUCCUGCUGUCCUCUCAGGCCCAGGAGCACACGGACGAAAGAGAUGUGGAACGGACUAUGCCCGGCCCGGCCUUUCCAGAGCCUUCUGGGGGGAAUCGUGGUGAGGGGGCGGAGCUCUUGCACCCCCUACUGCGCUGGCUGCUGCGGUUGACUGACCCGGCGGUGGCCGGUGCCGCCCGUCGGAGGGACGCGGUUCUGACGAGCAGCUUGAAGGUGCUCAAUGCACUGGCCGAGGAUUCUGGCGGAGAGCUGCUGCGCAUGAUGAAGAGCCUGCUGUGCCGUCAGUCCGUGACCCGGUGCCUGAGCGCAGACGCGUCCUCUCAGACGGCGCACCUGUCCGUCAGUCUGCUGGCCGUCGCCGCCGCCAACACGGAGGUGGCAAUGCUGCUGUGCUCGCAUGUGGAUGUCUGCCCUCUCCUGAAGAUAUUCCAGUAUGUGGCCUCCAGACCCAACGUGUCGAUGUCAGAGAGCCAGUGGUGUCAGUUCGAGUUGGAGGUGGUGAAGCUGCUAACCCGGCUGUUCACCCAGGCGACCGCCAUGUGGAUCGCGUUCAAACGCUCGUCUUGUCAGUGCGACAGUGAGGUUAGGAGCGCGACUUUAUAUCCAGCCUUUAGACAGGGACCCUAUGUACAAAAGAGCAUACAUUAG